AUGGCGGAGUUUUAUGUGUGGGUGCCCAGGUGUGACGAGAAGCUGCACAUAUUUUCAGGCUUUGCUCAAACAAGGCCCCAGCCAAUCAAAGAGCAAGUCCCACCACCUCCGCCUCCUGCACCUGAGAGGGUUUCUGUGCUUCGGGAGCCGACUGUUGGCAUCAAUGGAUUUGGACGCGUUGGUCGCCUGGUGCUGCGUGCCUGCAUGGAGAAGGGUGUUAAGGUGGUAGCAGUGAACGAUCCGUUCAUCGACCCAGAAUACAUGGCGUACAUGUUUAAGUAUGACUCCACCCAAGGCCGAUACAAGGGGAGCGUGGAAUACAGGAAUGGACGGCUGGUCAUCGGUAACAAUGAGAUCAGCGUCUUCCAGUGCAAGCAGCCCAAAGAAAUCCCCUGGAAGUCUGUCGGGAGCCCCUUUGUGGUGGAGGCCACAGGCGUGUACCUGUCCUUAGAGGAAACUACAGCCCACAUUGAGGCAGGUGCCCUGCGUGUGGUCAUCUGUGCGCCCUCUCCAGAUGCACCCAUGUUGGUCAUGGGGGUGAACGAAAAGGACUAUAACCCCAGCUCCAUGAAAACUGUCAGCAACGCAUCCUGCACCACCAACUGCCUGGCCCCCCUCGCCAAGGUCAUCCAUGAGCGAUUUGGGAUUGUGGAAGGGCUGAUGACCACAGUCCACUCCUACACUGCCACCCAAAAGACAGUGGAUGGGCCAUCAAAGGCCUGGAAAGACGGACGGGGUGCCCACCAGAACAUCAUCCCGGCCUCCACAGGGGCUGCCAAGGCCGUGGGCAAAGUCAUCCAAGACCUCCAAGGGAAGCUGACUGGAAUGGCGUUCCGAGUGCCAACCCCAGUCGUGUCUUUUGUGGACCUGACCUGCCGCCUGGCCCAGCCUACCCCGUACUCAGACAUCAAGGAGGCCAUAAAAGCAGCAGCUAAGGGACCCAUGGCUGGCAUCCUUGCCUACACUGAGGAUGAGGUCGGGUCCACGGACUUUGUUGGCGAUACCCAUUCGUCUACCUUUGAUGCUAAGGCUGGCAUCGCGCUCAUGGUAAGGGGGAAGAAAGGGGUCAGCAGGUACGACAACGAAUAUGGCUACAGUCACCGAGUGGUGGACCUCCUCCGUUACAUGUUCAGCCGAGACAAGUGAAGCAGGCUGGCCCGCCUCAGUUUCCCAGUGCUCCCGGC